ACACACACACACACACACACACACACACACACACACACACAGAGAUACACCUCUCUCACACACACAAACACACACACCACUCAUUCGUCCGCCACAAUGAGUGAUGUCUAUGGAAAGCUGCCUUACAAACUGCCAUAACUGCUUAUGUCAGCCAAAGCCUCAUAGAGGCUCAACACACAGACUAGUGAUUAGUGUUUGAUGAGCAUGGUGUAGACCAACAGACAGGGCCGUGUCUCAGACUCUGUGCUCUCUCUCUCUCUCUCUCUCUCUCUCCCUCUCUCUCUCCCUCUCUCUCGUGCUUUACUUUCGUCUGUCUCCUUCUGUCUCUCAAUCCCUCUGUUUCUUUGUUCUCUCUCUUUCUUCCUUCCUUCUCUUUUGAUGAGUGCAUCUGAUCCCGGCGAGCAAGCUGCUCCCCAUUGAUUGGCUGGUCGAUGGAUUGAGCGAAUGGCGGGGUUCUGUAGCUGAGCGCCGUGAUUUGGCGUACAGACGCAGCGCCACUUUCUUGGGAUUAAGAGACAGUUUCAAUGUAGACCCUGUAACCCUGGAGAGGGGCUAGACGAGAGGCACAGUGAACCCCUGCAAGGCCACAACACACCGCACACACUGGGCCACUUUCCUCAUCACCCUCUCAUCUCUCCAUCCCUCUAUCUAGCUCUAUUUCUCCCACAGCUGCUUCCAAAGAAGAUUCUUCAGGAACAUAUAUGUGUUUUUCUCUCCCUGACAGGACCCAGGAGCUGGAGUUCGGAAGGAGAGAAAGAAAGAGGGAGGGAGGGGUGGGAUCCUAAGACGUAAAAACAGGAGGUCGGGUUGGGUACUUGUAUGUGUGGAUGGUUGGGGAUUGUUGGGUUAAUGGAAUGGAAAUGGAGGAAAACCGAGGUCAGGCCAUUUUCCCUCCUCAUUUUUCAUUUGAGUCGCCAUCCUUUCUCUGAGUAGCCAACCGUAACACAGAACAAAUAACAUGCUUAAAGAAAAGAGAGAAAGGAUAGCAUUUUAUUUAAUCUCAAUUUUGUCUUUUUUCCUGCACCUGUUUUUCUUUCAUUCUCUUUGCUCUCUCUCUUUUUCUCUCUGUCUCUCUUACUCUGUCUCUCUCUCUCUCUCCCUGUCUUCCUCUCUCUUUCUCUUUUUUCCGAUGCUUGAAUAGAAGUGGAUCAAAAAGUCUUUGUGUGUCCGGGCACACUGCUGCGGGUGCAGGCGGCCAGCUCGCUGCAGGAGGCGGAGCAUCAGUCGGGGGCGUGGUGUAAGGACCCCCUGCAGUCAGGUGACCGGCUCUAUGUUAUGCCUUGGACUCCCUACCGCACCGACAUGCUGUAUGAGUACGCCUCCUGGGACGACUUCAGACAGAACCGCGCCACCACCACCUACAAGUUGCCGAACCGUGUUGAUGGCACAGGCUUCGUGGUAUACGACGGCGCCGUGUUCUACAAUAAGGAGCGCACACGCAACAUGGUCAAGUAUGACCUGCGCACACGCAUCAAGAGCGGCGAGGCCAUUAUCGCCAACGCCAACUACCACGACACAUCGCCCUACCGCUGGGGUGGGAAGAGCGACAUCGACCUGGCGGUGGACGAGAACGGGCUGUGGGUCAUCUACGCCACAGAGUCCAACAACGGACGACUGGUGGUCAGCCAGGUGAACCCAUACACCCUGCGCUUCGAGGGCACCUGGGAGACCAGCUUCGACAAGAGGCUGGCGUCCAACGCCUUCAUGGCGUGCGGCGUGCUCUACGCCGUGCGCAGCGUCUACCAGGACGACGACAGCGAGGCCGGCGGGGACCUGAUCCUUUACGCCUACAACACGAACCGAGCCCGGGAGGAGCCCGUCCACAUCCCCUUCCCUAACCCCUACCAGUACGUCUCCUCUGUGGACUAUAACCCCAGAGACAACCAGCUCUACAUCUGGAACAACUAUAAUGUUCUGAGAUACCCGCUGGAGUUCGGACCACCGGACCCCACCACCGGCCCUUUGACGACCACUCAGGUUACCAGCACCACUCCAGCCCGACCUUUCACCUCCAGUUCUAGCCCUGCUACCACCCGCCCCCUGGCCCCCACUUCUCACCCCAUUGGCGCUAUCAACAAGGGCCCUGACCUGCGGCCAAUCACAGCCACCGUACCAGUCACCAGGCGGCCUCCCCGCCCACCCGUCCAGGGCCCAGAGCCCCAGGUGUGUGAGUCCAGAGUGGCCAGAGGGGUGCAGUGGCCCUCCACCCAGAGAGGAGAGACUGUGGACCGUCCCUGUCCUAAAGGAUCACUAGGCAUCGCAUCGUUCCAGUGCUUGGCGGCUCCGGUCAUGUGGAACCCUCGGGGCCCUGACCUCAGUAACUGCACCUCUCCCUGGGUCAACCAGGUAGCCCAGAAGAUAAAGAGCGGUGAGAAUGCUGCCAACAUAGCCGGGGAGUUGGUGAACCACACACGGGGGCGGAUCCACGCUGGUGAUGUCAGCUCGUCAGUGCGUCUGAUGGAACAGCUGCUGGACAUACUGGAUGCCCAGCUUCAGGCCCUGCGGCCCGGCAACAAGGAGUCAGCCGCACGCAACUACAACAAGCUCCAGAAGAGAGAGCGGACCUGUCGGGCUUACAUCCAGGCGGUAGUGCAGACAGUGGACAACCUGCUACGUACAGAGGCCCUGGAGUCGUGGCAGGACAUGAACACUACGGAGCAGGCCCACACCGCCACCAUGCUAUUGGACGUCCUGGAGAAAGGAGCCUUUCUAUUGGCCAACAACAUGUACGGCAACCGCUUCACCGACCGGGCCCCCAAUAUCGAUCUGGAGGUGCACGUGUUGAACACAGAGAUGGACCUUCAGGACCUGUCCUUUCCUCAGAACUACGUGAGCGACAGCACCAUCCAGCUCUCCGCCUCCACCAUCAAACAGUACAGCCGCAAUGGCCAAGUCAAGGUAGUGUUUGUUCUUUAUAAGAACUUGGGCUCCUUCCUGUCUACGGAGAACGCCACGGUGAAGAUGGAGCUGGAGGCGGUACCGGGGGAGCGAGGCUUGGCGGUCAACUCCCACGUCAUCGCCGCCUCCAUCAAUAAAGAGUCCAGCAGAGUGUUCCUCACUGAGCCGGUGGUGUUCACACUCAAACACUUACAGUUGGAGAACCACUACAGUCCCAACUGUUCGUUCUGGAAUUACUCUGAGCGGUCGAUGACAGGCCAGUGGUCGUCUCAGGGCUGUAGACUGCUGGACACCAACAGCACACACACCACCUGCUCCUGUUCCCACCUCACCAACUUUGCUGUGCUCAUGGCCCACCACCAGCCUGAUUACCCUGGGAGGAUGCACGAGUUGAUCCUGUUUGUUAUCACCUGGGUGGGCAUAGUGAUCAGCCUGGUGUGCCUGGCUAUCUGCAUCUCUACCUUUUGCUUCCUGAGGGGCCUGCAGACCGACCGCAACACCAUCCACAAGAACCUCUGCAUCAACCUCUUCAUCGCAGAGCUCCUCUUCCUUAUCGGCAUCGACAAGACCCAGUACCACAUUGCCUGUCCGAUCUUUGCUGGGCUGCUUCACUUCUUCUUCCUGGCUGCAUUCUCCUGGAUGUGUCUGGAGGGGGUGCAGCUCUAUCUGUUGCUGGUGGAGGUGUUUGAGAGCGAGUACUCCCGCAAGAAGUACUACUACCUGUGUGGCUACUGCUUCCCAGCUCUGGUGGUGGGCAUCUCGGCAGCCAUAGACUACCGGAGCUAUGGGACCAAGAAAGCGUGCUGGUUGCGGGUGGAUAACUACUUCAUUUGGAGCUUCAUUGGCCCUGUUUCUUUUGUUAUUAUGCUGAACCUGGUGUUCCUCAUGAUCACUGUGCACAAGAUGACCCGCAACUCCUCUGCCCUAAAACCUGACUCCAGUCGCCUCGACAACAUCAAGUCAUGGGCUAUUGGGGCCAUCGCCCUGCUCUUCCUGCUUGGUCUGACCUGGUCCUUCGGCCUCCUCUUCAUCAACGAGAACACGGUCAUCAUGGCCUACCUCUUCACCACCUUCAACGCCUUCCAGGGCAUGUUCAUCUUCAUCUUCCACUGCGCCCUGCAGAAAAAGGUCCAUAAGGAGUACAGUAAGUGUCUGCGUCACUCGUACUGCUGCAGCCGUACUUCCACCACCAGCUCCCACGGCUCCCUGAAGAACUCUGCCCUGCGUGCCAACAACCGCUACUACACUGGCAACCAGGCCCGCCACGCUGCCGCACACAGACAAAGUCGGAUCCGCAGGAUGUGGAACGACACGGUUCGGAAGCAGACGGAAUCUUCCUUCAUGGCGGGAGACAUCAACAGUACUCCUUCACUCAACCGUGCCACCAUGGGAAACCACCUCCUGACCAACCCAGUGUUACAGACCCGUACCGGCACCUCUCCCUACAACACCCUACUGGCUGAGAGCUUCACUCCCCCUUCUCCUGGGGUCUUCAACUCCACCGGAACCUUCCGUGACCCAAAGAACACUCUGUGUAAGGCCCGUGAACCAUGUGGUAUGGACACCCUGCCCCUCAAUGGUAACUUCAACAACAGCUACUCCCUCCGCAGCGUGGGGCCGGUGGGCGGCGGCGGGGGCAGCUGUGACUUCCUGGGCGGGGGCAUGGGGUGUGCAGACACCCCCCCUCCCCUCCUCAACCCCCGCGGGUCUGAGACCCUGGGCGGUGACGGAAUACGGCGCAACCUGUCUGACGCAGCUGCCUUCGAGAAGAUGAUCAUCUCUGAGCUGGUGCACAACAACCUGCGUGGGGGAGGAGCUGGGGGCGGGGAUAGGGUCUGUGGUAGUCUGGCGAGGGGCCCUCCUCACGGCGGAGUAGGCCGAGGCACGGGAGUAGCUGUGCCAGAGCCAAGCAUCAGCCUGGACGACGACGAGGACUUCCUGUCCAGAGAAGGCGGGCACCAGAGGACGCCGCAGGACAUGGAGCUGCUCUACAAAGCCCUGGAGGAGCCGCUGCUGCUGCAGAGAGCCCAGUCUGUCCUUUACCAGUCUGACCCCGAGGAGUCAGAGAGCUACACGGCCGACCUCACAGAGAGCCUGGGCCACAGCGGCCACAGUGGGCACAGCGCCGGAGGUCAGGGGUCUGGGGGACAGGGGCCUGACUCUCCCGCCAGGGACUCCCUGUACACCAGCAUCACCAACCUGCGAGACUCGCCCUACCCAGACAGUAGCCCCGAGCCCCUGGAGGUGGUGCCCCGCUCGGCCCAGCCCCCUGAGGAGCUCUAUUACAGCUCUGGGAGGCCCGCCCUGGGGUCUCGAGGAGCACCCAUGCAGACCUUCUACCAGGCCCCGCCCCCCAGGAGGCCCAGUAGGGAGGGGGAGGGGCAUCCCGGCCAGGAGCCCACCCACAGCGAGGGAGAUGGACAGAUGCAGCUGGUCACCAGCCUGUGACUGGAACCGGGAGGAUGCGGACGGGGACCAAGAUGAUGAGGAUGAGGAUGAAGGCUGGCUGGUUGCCUCCUCAGAACCCGCCUCUCUCUCUUUCUCUCGCUCCUCUCCACUUCCUGCUUGAUUGGUUGCCUUUUUUCCCCUCUUUAUUUGUAUUGAAAGAUGAGCGAACAAAUUUACAUUUAAGGAGAGUUUUAGCUGUCUCCACGGCAACAGUCUUAUCCUAGAGAACCUCCGCUGUCUGGUGGAGAUGAAUGAUGGCUGAGUUGUUCUUCCCUGGAACAUUCACCCGCUCUCUCUCUUCAACAUCCCCCUUUCUCUUGGCACGCAGCAGACAGAUGCCAAGUCCAGCACUCUGAAUGUACCAAUCCAACAAACCCCUUAUACCUUACAGAGCUACAGAUAUUUCUCAACUUAACUUUGUUCAAAGUCAAUUUUAUUUAAUUUUACUGAAUUUCUACAAACAUUCCUCUAGAGAAAUGGUUCUCAUUUUCUAGUUCCCUUUUCUCUUUCCCUUUUUCAUGUUCCAUCUCUCUUUUUGUUCACUCAUCAUUUGCUCGGUGUAGUUAGCUGUGGAGACAGGGGAUAUACUGUAGUAGCCUAUUAUACCAUAGGAAAAAAAUCUCUGAAAGCUACUUCAGUGUUGCCAAAAAUACAUUUUCCCAGCCAGAACAGAAACUGGAGCAUUCACACACACACAGACAUACACACACACACACACACACACACACACACACACACACACACACACACGCUCACUCACUCACAGAAGUGCUUGUUUCUGAACAUCAGACACAACCCUCCAUCUGAGUAAAAAGAAGCCAGACAAUUGUUCAGACAAGGUAGUUGGAGCUGCCUAAGAGUAGUUGCCUUUAUUUUAUCUUGCUAUGAACUGACUCUUAUGUACAGAACUAGAGGAGAGACUGAGGAAGUAGGAAGUACAGCACAGGACAGGAAGGCUGUUUGAGGGGUCAAGGGUCAGGGGUCAAGAGGUAGAUCUUUAGGACUCGAGGAACGGACAAGGACUUUUUUUGUGUGGCUUUUUUGUUAUUUUCUUCAGACAUUUGAAAAGUAAAAGACUGCUUUACUAACUUUGGAGAAGAAUAUGUUAUCUUGGUGACUUUCUGUUGCAUCACCCGGAGGGUUAUUAAGGGACAGAUUGUGCACCCUUUAAGAAUGGAUGCCCUCUUCAAUGGAUGUGUACACGUCACCUGUGUGUGGUUGUGACAGAAUGGACUCUAAAUGUUGGAACCACUUCAGCCGUUACGCAAGUCUAACCCUGUACAUAUGAACCACACAAACUACAGUACUUACUCUACUCCUACCGUGUAAAUAGAGAAACCAGAUGAAGAAAAGCAACAAAAAAGUAAGAAAUACUAAAAACUGACUUCUUGUACUGCAACAAAACAACAAAAGAAAAAAAGAAAAUGUUUUGGAGUUUGUGACCUGAAUGAUGCACUCUAUCUCUCUGCCCGUCAUUCUUUAUCUUGCUCUCUCACUGUCGUUCUCUUGAGUCAUAACUAGUGCUGUGCCAUUCAGUGAAAAUCUCUCGAACAGAAAAACAGAGAGAGAGAAAGAGUAUGAUGGGUGGUAGAUUUUGCAUACAAAUAAAAACGUUUUAAAAAAGUUCUGGCACAAUUUUAUGUAAUAUAAUCCAUUACAUGUUGUUAAUGUUUGACCUUUGACAUUCCCAGACAGGAAGUGCUCAGUGUGGGCGGGGGGAGGGGGGAUAGAUGUCAUAAUAACAUGUCAUACUGUGCCUCAUCACGGGCGUUCCAAUGCAUUGUGGUUCAAGGACAGCAGCCAUAAUGUGAUUUUGGUCAGUAAUGUAUUGUUUGAAAGGUUAUAUCCUAGAUAUAACUAAAUUAUAUAAUUUUAAUAUGAUGGGUUUUAGCAUGUCAGAUAGCAUUUGUUUUCUAUCAAAACGUCUUUCAUUUUGCUGUUUCUAACAAAUAGUUUCAGCAUUAUUCCAGAGCCUAAUGUGACAAUGAAUUCAGUGUGUGUGUGUGUGUGUGUGUGUGUGUGUGUGUGUGUGUGUGUGUGUGUGUGUGUGUGUGUGUGUGUGUGUGUGUGUGUGUGUGUGUGUGUGUGUAAGUGUAAGUGUGUGUGUGUGUAAGUGUGUGUGUGUGUAAGUGUGUGUAAGUGUGUGUGAGAAAGAGAGCGUGUGUGUGAGAAAGAGAGCGUGUGUGUGAGAAAGAGAGCGUGUGUGUGCGAGAGAGUUUGUGUGUGCGUACAUGUGCAGGAGAGUGUGUGUGUACAUGUGGGUGUGUGAUAUGCUCAAGCAUAUGUACCAUAUUCGUGGGAAUUUUGUAAGUGUGUACAUUCAAAAAGCUAUUUUUGUUGGGUGAAUUGAAUGCAAAUCAGAGGAAGGGGACAGUAAUUCUAUAUCUAGGAGAAAGCCUUUUAUUCUAUUAGCUUCCAUCUCAAAGACAAGGGAGGCCAGCUGUGUCUGUGUGGCUGUUCCUGCGGGUUCAGCUACCAAACUGGGACACUUCAGGCUGCCUCACAGGAUCUUGAGCAAAGAACAAUGACAGGGUUUGUUCGAAAUGGCACCCUAUUUCAUAUGUAGUGCAGUACUGACCAGGGCCUCCCUAUGGAGUGAACUACUAUUGACCAGAGCCCUAUGUAGUAAACAACUAUUGACCAGAGCCCUAUGUAGUGUUCUACUAUUGACCAGAGCCCUAGGUAGUGUUCUACUAUUGACCAGAGCCCUAUGUAGUGAACAACUAUUGACCAGAGCCCUAUGUAGUGAACUACUAUUGACCAGAGCCCUAGGUAGUGAACUACUAUUGACCAGAGCCCUAUGUAGUGAACUACUAUUGACCAGAGCCCUAUGCAGUGAACUACUAUUGACCAGAACCCUAUGAAGUGAACUACUAUUGACCAGAGCCCUAUGUAGUGAACUACUAUUGACCAGAGCCCUAUGUAGUGAACUACUAUUGACCAGAGCCCUAUGUAGUGAACUACUAUUGACCAGAGCCCUAUGUAGUGAACUACUAUUGACCAGAGCCCUAGGUAGUAAACUACUAUUGACCAGAGCCCUAUGUAGUGAACUACUAUUGACCAGAGCCCUAUGUAGUGAACUACUAUUGACCAGAGCCCUAUGUAGUGAACUACUAUUGACCAGAGCCCUAUGUAGUGAACUACUAUUGACCAGAGCCCUAUGUAGUGAACUACUAUUGACCAGAGCCCUAUGCGAACAAAGACAGAACUUGGAACAAAGAUGCAUGCUGUGUUCAAAAUGUAACCAUAGGGCACAACUUUUCACCAGGGCAAAAGUUGUCCACUAUGUAGGGAAUAGGGUGCCAUUUCAGACACAGACAGUGCAGUCAGAAUGACAGGCCGAGUUGACCAAUGGGACCAUCCAGUCAAAAUGACAGGCAGAUUUGAUCAAUGGGACCAUCCAGUCAGAAUGACAGGCAGAGUUGACCAAUGGGACCAUCCAGUCAGAAUGACAGGCCGAGUUGACCAAUGGGACCAUCCAGUCAGAAUGACAGGCCGAGUUGACCAAUGGGACCAUCCAGUCAGAAUGACAGGCAGAGUUGACCAAUGGGACCAUCCAGUCAGAAUGACAGGCCGAGUUGACCAAUGGGACCAUCCAGUCAGAAUGACAGGCAGAGUUGACCAAUGGGACCAUCCAGUCAGAAUGACAGGCAGAGUUGACCAAUGGGACCAUCCAGUCAGAAUGACAGGCAGAGUUGACCAAUGGGACCAGAAUGUCAGAAUGUUGCGUUGCAGUAUGAAAGCCAAUCCAGAGAGAAACCAUCCAUCAAACCAGAGACGUAUUCAUGAGGUUCCUUCCCCCUAAAAUCUGUCCCAACCUUUAAAAGCUCUUUAUUUGUGUAUUUUUCUAAUGCUUUAUUUAUCUCUAUAUUUAUUUAUGUAUUUGGAAUAUUUAUUUCUAUGUUCAUUUAUUCAUACUUUAUUUUUAAUUUUUCAAGAUCUCUGUCUGUACAUAGCUGAGCUGUGCAAUGCGAAUGCUGAAAUAAGCCCAUUUAAAUGUGCAGUACAUUUAGGCAAGUGGAUGGAUUCUCUAGUGUCCACUUCAGGGUGACAUUUGGUUAGGGCCUGGGUGUCCCACUUCUUCCUAAAGAGUCCUAAAGGGCACAUUGACUUUAUUUGUGGCUCUUGGGUAAGAAAGAGAAGGAUUGAGAGCCGGGAUAGAAUUAAGAAUAUAUUGGGUUUUUCCUCCAUUUCUUCUUGGUAGAGGAAUCUCUCUUAGUUCAGACUCAGAUAGGAGGCCCUGUCAUCAGCAUCCCAGGUAUUCUACAGGAGGCAUGUGUGCAAUACUGUGCUGGUGUGUCUGACUUGGUUUAACAUUGAAACGGCCUGGUUGGGUAGUGUUACUAUAUGCCUACCACUGGACCGCUGUGUAUGUCUGGGUUUACAGAAGGAUCCCAGAAUUAUGCACAUUUUCUUUUGCUUGUUACUGGAAAUAUUAAUUAAACAUUGGCCUUGCAGCUCAUAGUUAAUUCAAUAGGAGCAUUGACCGGUCAGCAAUGGACAAUUGAAUGUAUUUUGAUUAGAAGGAAUAAAGAAAAGUGAAUGAAUGCCCUACAUUGACCGCCAUCAUUAUCAUCAUCACCUCCUACACCUUUAUUGAUGUGAUCUACAAAGUUUACCUUUAGCUGGUAACCUCACAGGGACAGACACUGUUUACGGACAGACUCACCAGGAGGGGAAGAACCUGCAUCACCAUCUCCUGUGUAGGCUCUCUCUCGCUCGCUCUCUCUCUCUCUUUCUCUCUCUCUCUCUCUCGCUCGCUCUCUCUCUCUUUCUCUCUCUCUCGCUCGCUCUCUCUCUCUCUCUCUCUCUCGCUCGCUCGCUCGCUCUCUCUCUCUCUCUCUCUCUCUCUCUUUCUCUCUCUCUCCCUCCCUCUCUCUCGCUCUCUCUCUCUCUCUCUCUCUCUCUCUCUCUCUCUCUCUCUCUCUCUCUCUCUCUCUCUCUCUCUCUCUCUCUCUCUCUCUCUCUUCCCUCACCUCUCUCACUCCAUCCCAUCUUAUUCCACCAAUGAGCUCUCUUUUAGCCCAGCAUUAAUCCCAGAGUUUUGUUUGGAGAUCAUUUGUUUGUCUAAAGCUUUGUUUACACCAGAUUGAUAUCUCAAUAAACAGUGGAGCCGUACUGUAUUGUGGUAAUGCUAGUGAUUAUACAGCAGAAAGCACUGUAGGACCCAGAGUCCUGCUCAAUGGGAGUUUCACCCCCAUCUAAAUCCCUAUGUUACCUCUGAUUAGGAUAAUAACACUGGCUAAUCAUUUACUGGGCUGAGACCACAGAGGGAGAGACCUCUAUACACACACACAAACACACUUUCUCUCUCUCUCCCUCCCCCUCACUCUCUCACCCACUUCCAGCCCACCACUCCCUGCACGUGCAUCUAGCCCCUACGUCCAUGUGUGCGGGCAGGUGGAUUGAAGGUUCUUAUGGGAUAGAGUUGGAGUCAGUCUGUCCCUUCAGUCUGCGGCCCCUGCAGCUCUACCCGAGUAGAACAGUCAUCUCUCAGUGUUCCAAUAGACAGCAGAGGACACUGUGAUCUGACAGUAACGUUGCCCUGCUGCUGACCUUCUCAGAUGGACUGUUUCUCUCCCAGAUUUGUGAUGCCCAUAUCCUGUGACCUCUGCGUUAGUGUGAAAACAUGUCAGUGGUUCCUCUGCAGCGGAGCGGAGGAGAGGAGGAGCACUGGGUCAUGUAGUCUAUCCCCAGGGAACUGCCAUAAAGGGAGCGGUGUCAGGACAUGUGAUGUCACAGUUGGCCAGGAACAGAGUGUGUGUGGGGGGAAGAGUGUCAGUGUGGAUGUGUGUUCGUGCAAGGUUAUACAGGAAGCAGAGAUAAGGAUGUGAUUUAUUGUUCUAGAUGCCUUACUGUUGCCGUGGUGAGGAGUCAGGAGGUUCCAGUUGAUCAACUAACCAGGCGCAUUAGAUCAACUCCACUGGCCUCACAAACCCAUUGUAACAGUAACACAGAGGUCUCUGUCUGUGUAGUGAAAUUAUUGAGAUAUAAUAGGAAUCAACUGCCACAUCUACUGGACAAGGGAGAUUUUCAGAGUGAUAAGGAAUGCAACAGGCUUUCCUACAGAGAAUAAUAAAUUAGUACUAUUUUGUUAUUGGUCUCUUGUUACGUGUCCACAUGACUAUAUACAGUACAUAUAUCAUAGUUUUAAGAAUAUGUAGGAGUAUGAUUACACAAAUGCAGUGACAAGGAUUGUGCUGUUUAUUUUUGUGUUGGGUAACUGUCUGUCCAUGGAGCUGAGUUAUGGCUCAAAGCGGCGGCCAUCUUUUAUACACAGGGUGGGACUACAACAGAUGGAUUUCUGGGUAGGGUAGGCUGGGUACUCUACACCCGGAACGUCUGGUCCAAAAUCAAAAGACAACACACACACACACACAUACUACACGCAUAGUGACACACAUACAUGUCCAGUCAGGUUAGGUAGUUUAAACUACUGUGUACAGUGAAGUGGCGCUAGAGAUCAUAAAAGAUCAUAAGGGAUUUACCGUUUACAUGUUCAAAGUCGAUCCACGUAACCGUAGGAGUUAGGAGCAGGCUGACGUUGACCUAUUCAUUUUUGUAGGCAUGUUUUUCUAUUUCUGAACACACAUCCCAGUACUCUGGCUCCUCUGACUGUGUGACUCUGAUCUAAACUGUGUCUGAAACUCUGCAUGUGUGGAUGACUAACGCUAUGGGACACUGAUGAACCAUCUCUGUAGUGAGCAGCUCCAUGGGACACACAUACUCCCCACGAGGCUGACUGGUCACUGUAGGCUAGAGAUGCUGGUCUAAGUGGCCAGCCACCUAUCAAGGUCUAUUGGUGAGUGUUCUGCAUGGCUGUAAGUGUAAAAGGGCAGUGUCUGGGAAAUGUGCAUGAGGUGUUCUGGGCUCUAUACUGUAGGAGGGGCUGUGAUACUGUUAGUAGCAGGUCAGUAUGUUCAUUGGUCAGACCCAGCCAGACAGUAUUAGACAUUAGGAAUGAGCAGACAGAUAGACAGUCUAAGGCAGAGAAGUGUUGGUAGGAGAUAAGUGACGACUGGUAGAACUGUUGCUGAGUGUAUGGAUGGAAGGGCUCAGUUUGGGAGGUUCAUCAUCAGUAGGAACUUUGAGGACUGAGUACUGAUCGUGUGCCAUUGGGGUGAUGAUAAUGUGUACAUCUCCAUUUAGAGUACUUCUCUUAGAUUUGACUAUGAUGGGUUUUUCUCCAUUCAUUUAUUCUGUACUGCUGAAUCCUUUCUAAAGACAGGUUGAUGUAAAACCUUGAUUCAGUUUUGUUCUUUUUUUAUUUGAGGACUGGUGUGUGAUUCUUUUCUCACGUCAUUGCUUUGACAGCUGUCUGUCUAUCUGGGCCAAAGGGGUGGUGGUUUUCUGUGAGCGUUUGCGUCAUCGCAGGUCAGCGCGACCCUGUAUCAGCACAUAUUAAUAAAAAACUCUUUAAAAUCAAA